AUGAAUGUCCUCUACCAAGGCCAACACCUCGUCAAGCAGCUCGGUGUGCUAUUUCGGAACAUCGUCUACCCAGCAAGCACGUCCCUCCUACCUCCUUACUCCGAUCGGCCUGUCGCCGCCGCCCAGCCCUCCUCAUCGCCGGGCCAUCUUUUUCACCAGCGGCGACAGCAGCAUCAACAAGAGCAGCAGCAACAACCGGCCCUCGACUCGUCGAUGUCUGAUCACCCGCCGUGUGGAUCCCGCGUACAACCACUCUCGAUAAAGACGAAGAUCAGUGAACGCCUCGUGUCUCUUUCAAACAUCGUCUGCCAGAAAAGCAAGCCCCUCUUACCUCUACACAGCAGCACUCCCAGCCACCCCUGCCCCACCUUCAGCCCAUUCCCCGCGGUCACCGCGACCCCCGUCUUUUUCCCAUCUCCAUAUGCCCAUCAUCGGGAGCUGGUCCAGCGGCAGGAGGAGCGAUACCCCUUGUUCGACCGGCCGUUCCCGUUGGACCGGCUACCGGAGGAUGUCCUACCGAGCGUGCUGGCGUUCUUGCCGGCAGGAGAGCUGUCCGGCAUGCGAAGGGUGAGCCAGACGUUCCUUCAGGAGGUCGACCAUCAUGGCGAAGCCCUUUGGGAUAGCCUUUGCCGUUGCGACUUCCCGUCCAUGGCGUCGUCACCAACGGCAGCGGCAGGGGUUUGGGGUUACAGUCGUCGCCCUGUUCCUUUCGCGAUUAACUCCUCUGCGCGUCUUCGUACGACCCCGCUCAAAUCCCUCGCAGCAAUACGUCAGCAACGUCAUCACCGGGCGAAUGACCAAGUGCUAAACCUCCGCUCCAACCGCCACCUCCGCAAGCGACUCUACAACUACACCUGGGGGAACAAAGACCCCCAACAGAGCAGCAGGACGAUCAACAUGACGAGCGGCAGGGGCACCACGGCCUCGGUCAGCGGCAGGAUCGGCAGUACCAGCGGCAGCGCUCCAGGCUGGAGCAACGGGGGCAACGGCGGUGACGGCGCGGCGCCGUGAUCGGCCUCCUGUCCGACCUCGUAACCGUUUCGGACCCAAGCAUCGCCCGCGCCCUGUCCUCCAAUGCCGCUUCGUCCUGUCCAGGGUAGUCGUUGUCAACGACAACGUCAGCUCCAGCAUCCGUCGCAGUGGCCUGUACACCGAACGCGUUGAAUUCUUGUCGCUCAGCGCGUUUCGCCAGGAAAACCCCU